GUCGGAAUGUGGAUGGGAUAAAAAUAAAAACAGCGCAGCCGGCUUUUCUUUUCCUCGGCUUGUUAUACUCCCCCGGUCCGGUCCGGUUCGGCUAGGUUCGGUUCGGUGGUCGUUUCUCGGUGCGGUUCGGAGACAUGGCGAACGUAGCGGACACCAAACUCUAUGACAUCCUCGGAGUUUCUCCUUCGGCUACCGAGAACGAGCUGAAAAAGGCGUAUCGCAAACUGGCAAAAGAGUAUCACCCUGAUAAGAAUCCCAAUGCAGGAGACAAGUUUAAGGAGAUCAGCUUUGCGUACGAGGUGUUGACUAACCCUGAGAAGAAGGAGCUGUAUGACCGGUAUGGAGAGCAGGGUCUGCGUGAGGGAGGUGGAGGUGGAGCUGGGAUGGAGGACAUUUUCUCACACAUCUUUGGCGGAGGUCUGUUUGGGUUCAUGGGCGGUCAGAGCAGCAGGAACCGAAAUGGGGGACGACAGAGGGGAGAGGACAUGGUGCAUCCACUCAAGGUGUCGUUAGAAGAUCUUUACAACGGCAAAACCACCAAACUCCAGCUGAGCAAGAACAUCCUGUGUAGUGCCUGCAAUGGUCAGGGGGGAAAGACGGGCGCGGUGCAGAAGUGUACUGCGUGCAGAGGCAGAGGGAUGAGGAUCAUGAUCAGACAGCUGGCUCCUGGUAUGGUCCAACAAAUGCAGACGGUGUGUAAUGACUGCAACGGAGAAGGUGAGGUGAUCAGCGAGAGAGACAGGUGCAAACAGUGUGAGGGCCGUAAGGUGUGUAAGGAGGUGAAGACGUUGGAGGUGCACGUGGAUAAGGGAAUGAGACACGGGCAGAAGAUCACGUUCAGUGGAGAAGCGGAUCAGGCUCCAAACACCGAGCCUGGAGAUAUUAUACUGGUGCUGCAGGAGAAGGAACAUGAGGAGUUCCGCAGGGACUUUAAUGACCUGCACAUGUGUCGGACUAUCGGCCUGGUGGAGGCGCUGUGCGGAUUCCAGCUCACUCUGACACACCUUGACGGGCGACACCUCCUCAUCAAAUACCCUGCUGGAAAAGUCAUUGAGCCAGGUGCUGUGAGGGUGGUGCGUGGAGAGGGAAUGCCGCAGUAUAGGAACCCAUUUGAGAAAGGAGAUCUCUACAUCAAGUUUGACGUUAGGUUCCCGGAUAACGGCUGGCUCAGUACCGAGAAGCUAACGGAACUGGAGUAUCUGUUACCGUCACGUGAUGAGGACAUCGCCAUCACGGCUGACUCUGAGGAGGUCGACCUGCAGGAGUUCGACAUGAGUCAGGGGUCAUCUGGAGGUCAACGGCGUGAAGCUUAUAAUGACAGCUCAGAUGAGGAGGGCGGUCCACACGGGCCGGGGGUGCAGUGCGCCCACCAGUAACGUGUCUCUUACACACACACACACACUUCAGUCACAGUGCAUCACACCUGGAACAAAAACUUCAAUUCCUUUCCUCUGACCCAGACCUGCCAUCCUUCAUGCCUUUAGUGUCAGAGCUCUGUGUUUAAUGGCGGACUUUGCUGCAGCUACGAGAUAUCACUUAAAAAUUCUUCAAUAUGUCAAUCUGGCAUGAUCGACGCUUCUGACUCCGAUAUUAACGCUGCAUUUGACUUGCCUCAAAAUUCAGAAUUUUUGAUCUCUGCACAUUUGAGCUGCUAAAUGUGGGAAGAUUCCCAUGGAUGAUUCGGCGUUUGUAUUUUAACAACAAGCUAGUCAGCUAACUGUGAUGAGGGAUUUAUAUAUAUUUUUUAAUAUCUCAGAACAAAUUGUAGAGUCUGUGUUAUAGAUUUAACGAGUGAAUGCGUCUGUAUGUAAAGUCUUUUUUCUUUUUUGUUGAUGUUUAAGAGGCCACUUUGUUUUGACGUCACUGGUCACUCGCUCCUGAUUUAGGAAUUCCUCUGGAUUUGAGGGGACCUUUUACCUAGCCGGAGAUUACAAGUCAUGAGUUAUGAUCUUAAGUCGAAUGCAGCGUAUCUGACCCACUUGAAGCUCUGCCCCCUUCCAUAUGUCCCACAUUAGUAAUCUCUCAUCUCACCGUGGAACGUUUUCCCACUGGUAAGAUGCGCUGAUGCGGCGUUCUUGGUUUCUGUCACGGUUUGGAGAAUGUUUCGAGUUCAUUAACGUGAAAAAUGAAGUCAGUGACGUAAAAAAAUAGAUCUACAAGUGAUGUGUGAAGAAUGUUGUUCGUCUCCACAGGGAUGACAGGUCUGUAAUCUUCUAGCUCUCGUCCCGUCUCAUCUCAUCCCUCGACUAAAACUGGAAUACUAAACUAGAGCCUCCAUCUCGCAUCCGAAAAACAAAUGUUCCUAUGUUUUAAAUGAAUAAAAAGAAAGGAAGAACUGAAAAAGAAAGAAGAAAUAUAUACAGAAUGGGUUGUUUUUAAUUCAUUACCACCAACAUUACCCACAUUGUAAACUUUUAUAUACUGUAUACAUCACUGAAUAUUUAAACUUGAAAAGCAAUUGGGUAUAGGAUUUAAGUUAAACACACAUACACACACUUCUGAAACAGUGUCAAAAUGAAGACAAGGACGUUGUCAAAAGGUUCAAUAAAACAUUUACGUGUCUAAUA